AAAUUGCACGCCGGCCCGCUUGGUAGUAUAAUAAUAUCUCAAUAAAGAAGAAUUUUUAUCGAAGUGGGAGCUUAAAAUGUCGACGGGAAGUGGUCGGAGCUGACUUCUGGAUAAUCGGCCUCAGCGUUCAUCGCCGGCGAUUGAAGAGGGAAGGCGUUGAAUGGGGGCGGCGGUGGAGGAUUUGGUGAAGCGAUUCCAUGAAUUGGAGGCGAGCCAGGCGGAGCUCCGGGAGCAUCUCGAGGUCUUGCUCGGCGAUGAAGGCGAGGCGAAACGAAAUACGAAUCGGCGAGGCCGAGCGGAGGGAAAGUACGAUAUGAUGAUGAUGACAGGAAACUUUGUCAACAAUCCGUAUCAGAGCAUUCUGCAUCAGCUCGGUCACGCGCUGCUUAUCUGCAGGCCGGUUUCCGGAGAAAUUAUCUAUUGGAAUCGAGCAGCAGAAUUUCUUUAUGGAUGGAAGAGCUAUGAAGCGCUCAACCAGAAGGUCACUGAUCUACUUGUUGAUGCAUGCGAUCAUUCUAAUUGGGAAAGCAUUAUGGAAAGAGCAUGUGGUGGAGAAACGUGGUCUGUUCAGUUUUCAUUUAGGAAGAGGUCAGACGAAUUAUUCAUGGCAAUGGUAACUGCAAACCCAUUGUAUGAGAAUGGAGUGUGUGUUGGUAUUAUUGCUGUCUCAAGCGAUGCCUCAAUGCUAAACAAUGCAAAACCAGAUAGACCAAAAUCACAUUUUGAUGAAGCUCUGAGAGAGCCAACAGAGCCCAAUUUGAAGUUUAAUAGAGUACAGUGGUCUCCACAACCUCAAAUUACAUCAUCUGUCUCAAAUCUGGCUGGGAAAUUUCUUGCAAAGCUGAACAUCCGAAUAAAUGGUAGUCAGACAUCAGAAUUGGAGAGAGAUGCAGAAACUAACUCGGCAUAUGUUUUAGGUGAUGGUUCAUUACAAAAUGAUCAACAUGCAGAAAUUUCACGACCCAGUGAAAUUGACGCAAAAUGUUGCGCUCCAUGCAAUCAAGGGAAAUAUUGUCCUAAGAAAGAAACAGUUAUGGUUGCUUACAGAAAUGGGAGUACAAGUCUUGAACAAUGUUUCAUAACUAAUAUGGAGAAUAGUGAUAUGCUGCAAAAUGGAGAGAACUUGCUGGAAGCUUCACCAGAACAAGCAAAAAUAUCAAAGAAGAAUUCAUCACCAAAGAUGGAAGAUUGUCAGCAUUCAAAAUCAGUUUCUGCUUUAGAAAAUAUUGCUAGUAGCCAAUCAGAUUCAUCAACUGUUGAUGAAAUAGAACCAAACUUGGUUGCAGACUCUGAAAUCCGUUGGGAAGACCUUGUGCUGGGGGAGGAAAUUGGACAAGGCACAUUUGGUGUCGUUUAUCAUGGACAUUGGAUUGGUUCAGAUGUUGCAAUAAAAGUGUAUGCAAGAAUGGAUUAUCAGGAAAGUGCUCUGCUGGACUACAAAAUGGAGAUUGCUAUCAUGAAGAAGCUAAGACACCCAAAUGUUUUGCUUUUCAUGGGAGCUGUGUAUUCUCUUGAGCGUCUUGCUAUUGUAACUGAAUACCUUCCUAGAGGCAGCCUCUUCAAAACGCUGCACAAAAACAAGCAUGCAUUGGACCUGAGAAGGCGUUUGCAGAUGGCGCUCGAUGUUGUCAAAGGAAUGAAUUAUUUGCAUCGAAGGAACCCACCUAUCAUACAUAGAGACCUUAAAUCCUCGAACUUACUAGUUGACAAAGCCUGGAGAGUAAAGGUUGGUGAUUUUGGCUUGUCAAGUUUAAAGAUAUCGACAGUGGUAACAACAAAAAAUGGAAUAGGAACCCCUCAGUGGAUGGCGCCUGAGGUCCUCCGCGGUGAAUACUCAAGUGAGAAGUCGGAUGUUUUUAGCUUUGGAGUUAUCUUAUGGGAACUUAUGACAGAGUCCAUUCCUUGGAGAAAUCUCAACUCCAUGCAAGUGGUCGGAGUGGUAGGCUUCAUGGAUCAACGGUUGGAUAUACCGGAAGGACUUGAUCCUAUGAUUGCAUCCAUCAUCACUGAUUGUUGGGCAAGCGAUCCAUUGCAGCGGCCAUCCUUCCAGGAUCUCGUGGGGAGGUUGUCAAACAACUUGAGGGAAAUGGCGCUACCGCCUCCCGCCCGGAGAUUGAAGCAUCCACCACGUACAUCCCUGCCAGUUUCCUGAGGCUCUUGUGAUUAUUCAUGGACCCUUGGUGUGGUUUUUUGCUUUUAUUCAGGGGGGAAGAAAAGAUGCACCAGGUGCCCCUCAUAAAAAUGUAGGACAUUAUUGUAACAUAUCGUUACAUUUUGUGAAAAUUGCUACACUCCAGUUUUGUCUGUACAUUUUAUUUAUAUCUCUUGUAGAAAGGCCAUGUUAUUUUACGUCAAAUACUGAUAUAUAUCUUUUUUUAGGAGUUUUUACAUGCAUAUGGUACAAUUCUUAGAAUUUAAUUAUCUAACAUAUACAUUUUAGGGGGAUUUACAUAGAUGUGUGAUAAUAGCAUCAACUCAACACUACCCAAAACAAAAACGAGGUUCUGCUAUCCUUCCCAAUUCGAUACAAAACAAUCCAGG